CCUAAAACCCUGAGAGAGGCCCGUCUAUGUAAAAGCCCACAUUUCAUCUCGACUCCGCCACUGCCUGAGCUGCCAUGGCCGCUCUCAAGCUCCUCCUCUCUCAGGCUCGCCGCCACUCCCUCUCCAGAUCCUCCUCCCUCCUCCUCCGCCCUCCUCCAUCCCUCCAACUCUCCAAAUCACUCUCCUCAGUACCAGAAUCCGAUGAGCCCGAUGAUCCCCGGCGACCGCAGCCCGUACCGAUCCAGUCGGUCUCUUACCCUGCAAAGCCCAAGCAAGAAGAGCCUGCAUCUUCCGAAGCCUCGCCACCACAGGAUGCUCAGCCGCCGGCGCAGUCCCAAAUGCCGUUGGAGGAAUCCCCGGGCUUCCGUAGUCGGUCCCCGUGGUCUCAGGAGGACCUGCGGUACAUGAAGGACGCCGGUCCGAGGAUAGCACCGGUGUCAUACCCGACGCGUGUGGCUCCGUUGCCCGAGGACAAGGCUUCCCGUGAGCAGAAGGAUGAGGAGAUGCAGGACGAGAGGAGGUGGAUAGAGGAAGAUAGACGAGCCGCGGGGAUGCGGAGGAGGAUGUCCUCUAGAAUGUUCGUGGAAGAGGGAGAGGAUGCGCCGCCAUUUCCAACUUUAUUGAAGGUGACGAAGAAUGAGAGUAAGCCUGUCUAUGAUUUAGCCGAGGCAAUCCGGCUCGUCAAGACUAAUGCAAAAGCUAACUUCGACGAAACUGUUGAAGCGCACGUACGGUUGGGCAUCGAACGAAAGCGGAGUGACCUGAUAGUUCGUGGUAGCAUGGUCUUACCACAUGGCGAAGGGAUGAAGGUUUCCAAGAUAGCAUUCCUUGGGGAGGGAACAGACGCCGAGGAAGCUAGAGCUGCUGGAGCUGAUAUUGUUGGUGGCAUUGAACUUGUUGAGGAAAUAGCCAACAGUGGUGGCAAGUUUGAUGUCCAGAAGUGUUUCACUACUCCAGACUUUAUGCGCCACGUCUUAAAGAUAGCGAAGAUUCUUAAACCUCUGGGUUUACUCCCAAAUGCCAAGCAAGGUACUUUGGUCACAGAUGUAAGUCAAGCAGUGAGAGAUGCAAAGAGAAGUAACAUCGAUUUUAAAAUGGAUAAAACAUCAAAUGUUCAUGUGGGACUUGGAAAGGUCAGUCUGCCUGAGGAGUCUUUACGCGAGAAUAUUGGUGCUUUUGUAAAUGCUCUUCUACGUGCAAAGCCUGCUGGGCUGAAGAAAACUUCCAAAUAUGCAGGAUAUGUGAAUGCCUUCCAUAUUUGCAGCACGAUGGGUCCCGGGUAUUCUGUUUCGAUACAGUCACUAUCAAAAGCUGCCGAUCACCACAGCAAGGUCCACCUUAGCUGAUGCAGCAUUCUGGGCUCAACUGUUUGGAUCGACUUGUUGAAGAGAACACUUCUCUGUGCCAGAAUAUGUUGGCUUUUUCCAUUUGCCUCGCAAGGCGGGAAAAAUGGUGUCCGAGGGGUUUUGGCUUAAACCGGGCACUCCUGAAAUUUGACGGGAUGACUUUACGACAGGCUGCAUCGAAGUUGGACUAAAGAAAUUUGUACAAAUGUUGUAUUAGCUGUUGCUCUCUUCUCCAGAGAAUUCUCUUUUUUGAAAAAACGGGAUUCGUGAAUAAUACCUGCCGCUUCUCGCUUCAGAUUUGCCAGAUCUUGAAUCAGUCGGGAUUAAUAGCCAGGAAUUUUCUGGAUUGUGUUUGAUUAUUGUUUGAGGUUAUUCGUCUGUCAUGAAUUUGUUCCUAUGAAGUUUCAAGUA